AUGGUGCAUGUCACGUCAAGUCCAUAUCACCCGAGUUCUAAUGGCAUGACGGAAAGAGCUGCUCAGCAGGCUAAGAAGCUGCUCAAGAAGUGCUCUUUUCGCACACAAGAUUUUGAAAUUGCUCUGCUUGAGUGGCGUAAUACCCCCAGGGACACGGUUCUGAAGUCUCCUGUGCAGAAGCUCAAGGGGCGGCAGACCCGGACCCUCCUACCGGUGCCAACAACUCGCCUGGAGCCAGAGGAAAUACCCAGCAAGGGUAUCCACGACCGUCUCCAGGUGAUACGGUGUCGGCAAAAGAUUCACUACGACCGCAGCGCAAGGAACCUAUCCCCGCUGAAGCUGGGACAACGCGUAACGACGUACGACACUCUCCAGAGAAUCUGGUCUCCAGCUAUUGUGCUAAGGCCAGCCGCAGCGCCGAGAUCUACGAUUGUGAAGACCGAAGACGGCCGUGAAAUCCGUCGCACAAGAGAGCACCUGCGGGAGGCAGCACCUCAACCAGAGCCAGAAUCAACCACGCAGAGGCCUUCAGAAGACGACCUCCAGCCUGGACAACAGCAGCUACGCAGGAGCACAAGAUUGCGUCGGGAACCCUGUUGA